AUGGGCAUAAGACCCCGCGUCUAUCCCCCGCCGCCAGACAAUGCACAGGAGUUUACAAAGCUGGAAGCUGGGGAGAGACUCGCGGAACGUUACCCACGCUUUAUGUUCUACACCUUAGCAUGGUUUUAUCCUGUGAUAAGGACAGCCAGCAAACAAGGAGCCCUCUACAACUGUGACGUUUAUGCAUUAGAAAAAGGGAUGACCACAGAGGAAUCUAUUGCGCAAUAUCUUUCUGCUGAAGCGAAGCUGGCACGGCAUAGCAACGAAGGCAAGAAGUUCCCUAACAUCAUACGCCUGUCUUUGCAGAUGAACCUGCGAGACUUUCUUUUGUGUAUCUUCUCAGCGAUGAUCUAUAAGCUAGCGUCGCUCUGUACCCCAAUCACGGUCAAUUUUCUGGUAUCCAUUCUCUCUCCUGAGAACGUUAGGGCCAUCCGCACCAACUUAUUGUUGGACCAAGGUGUUUCCGGUGUAACGACGCCGGCUGUGCUCUCAGUCCUGUUCCGUCAGUCAGCUGUUUGGGUGCUCGUUGUUGUAGUGGCGCGCCUAGUGUACACCUUCUUCACCAGCAUUACGUUUCUCACCGCACGAAAGAUUCUGUUCAAGACGCAAAUGGCGCUGCAAGAUCGUCUUUUCACCAAGCUGCUGACUGUUUCAGAGCUAACAAAGAGCAGCGUCCUAUCUGGCUCUAUCAUCAAUUUUCUCUUUACUGACGUCCAAAAUACCCUCAUAGUGAUCAUCUGGCUUCCUAUCUUGGUCGAACUACUCAUUGCUGUUAUCUAUAGUGCGAUCUACCUUAGUCUUUUUACUCAUCCGGCAGCAAUGAUGGGAUUGAUUGCUUUUGCGAUAGCGAUGCCCUUAUCCUUCUACAUUACGUCCAUGCAAGGGCGUAUCACUUCCCUUUACCUAAUGAACAGUGAUUCGCGCAUAAGAAUCGCAUCAGAAAUUCUUAAAGGCAUAAAGGUGAUAAAGUUCUUUGGCCAGGAAGACAUCCACACGGUUAGGCUGGGCUAUGCACGUAAGAAGGAGCUACGAUAUUUACAGAAGCUAUUGAUGAACGAGGCUUUUGUUUACAUCUGUGGAGAGGUCUGUCUGCCUAUGAUGAUGCUCUUUGGAUUUGCAGCUUUAGCCAGUUAUGGGCUUCUCACAGAUGCAGCAGGUUAUUCUGCAUCACUAGUGUUUGUCUUACUUGCAGAAGGCAUUUCAUUUAUCCCGACUGCACUUAAUUCCUUGAUAGUUAGCAUAAUCAGUGGUAAGAGGAUAAAUGCUUUCUUGAGUCUUCCCGAUGUGGCUGACAACCUCGCGGCUGGAUCAGCCAUUGGCAGCGCUAAGAGCCUCUCUGGCCAUCGUGGCACAGUCAUUCAACGUGAGCCUCUGGGCUCUGACGUAGCAGUGCAUAUCAAGGGAACGUUCACCUGGGGCUUUGCUAAGCACCUACAGAAACCAGAGAUACUAGAUGUCUCAUACGCAGAAAACCGAGCGAGUAUCAAGCGCAUCGCUCACAAUGCUGUGAAAGCACAAAAGGCUUAUGAAAGCUUGCUGACUAUGUUAGGGAUAUCGUACGCUCAUAAGAACAAGAACGAAGACAAGCUGAAUGAAACCCUGAGCCUUCUGGGGUCUGAAGCCAAAGAGUCCUUGCUCUGUAGCUUCACUCCUCAACAGAUAGUCGAUCUGAUGCACAGACCGACACACCAAGGAGAAACAGCUGAUCACUUUGCGCUUCAGCUGCGGAUAGCACUGCCCUCGAAAAUAGAAAUUCCUGCAAACAUAAUUGAAGGAGACUACCUAUCAACAAAUGACGAAAGCCUUGUUAAUAAACUUAAGAGGAUAUAUGUGCAACUGGCAACGACAUAUAAAUUUAUCGAUCCGGAGACACUGCGUAAGUAUGAGGUGCAGAAAGCAAUAGAUAGCUCUCCCGUUCUUGACGGAGUAGACUUUUCUGUCAGGAAAGGGGAACUAGUUGGCAUAUUCGGAGCAGUAGGCUCUGGGAAGACGGCCUUGCACAUGGCAUUACUCGGAGAGCUAACAUCUACAGACAAAAUAUCCCACGGAGGAACUGUGGCCUAUUAUUCUCAGGUUCCCUGCGUUAUGUCUGGGACUAUUAUCAGCAAUAUAAUAUUUCACAAGCCCCUGGAUGAGCAGAAGCUAGCCAAGGUUAUAAGCCUCUGCUGUCUCGACAAGGACUUGGCUGUGCUUCCUAGUGGAAUUAACACAGAGGUGGGAGAGCGCGGUACCUCUCUUUCAGGUGGGCAAAAGGCCCGUAUAGCGUUAGCCCGCGCCGUUUAUGCCGAUUCCGAUAUCUACCUUCUCGAUGAUCCCCUCUCUGCGGUUGACGCCCACGUUGCGCGGCGUCUCUGGGAAAACUGCAUCUUGGGAUAUCUGAUAAGGCAGAAGCAGAAGACCGUUCUCAUAUCAAGCCAUCAGACACAAUUCUUUGGGAGCUGCGACAGAGUAUACGAGAUCCAGGAUAAGAAGCCGGUCGAAAGGAGGAAGGAUGACCUUCUGAAGAGGAACAUAAUUUCUGUCCCCAGCAAGCUAUCUCUAGCAGCGUCUAGUCAGAACGAUAUUUGUACAGAGGCGUCCUCAGUGGAUCCACCUACAAAUACCGACGAGGCCAAUAAAACUAAGAAUAUUGUGGACGAACAGCACUCUGGAAAGGGAGCCCUUUCUAAGGAGCUCUAUAUCAGCUGGAUUAAGUAUGGAGGCAUAGGGAAGUUCGUCCUUUGUCUGGUGUUGUAUAUCAUUACGCAGUUGAUUCAACAAUUCAUGAACGUCUUUAUCGAUUCAUGGUCAACAAACCGCUACGGGAUGCCGAGCCACUUCUACCCCCUUCUAUACACAGCGGCACUGGUGCUGUUGAUUGGCAUGAUUAUAGUAAUGAGAUAUCUAACUAUAAACUUCUCUAUUUCUGCUACAACAAAGGCGCACAAGAGCAUGGCGAACGCAAUACUCCAUACACGCAUGUCCUUCUUUGAAACCAAUCCGAUGGGUCGUAUCCUUAAUAGAUUGUCAUCAGACGUGCGCGAGUGCGAUAGAGACGUCUACGACACGAUGACUCCUCUCUGCGAAUUGCUCAUCUCAGUGAGCGUGUCGAGUCUCACGUCGAUGAUUUUUGCGUGGCCAACAAUCUUCGCCUUUUUGCCAGUUGGGAUAAUAUUCAUCUUGCUUCUGAGGCGGUACAGGAUGAUCACGCCGCAAGUGAAGCGGCUAAGUAACAUGGUCACCAGCCCCGUCAUCACGCUUGUGGAGGAGGUCUCUAGCAAUCUUCCCUUGGUCAGAGCGAGUGGGAUGCAAGCAGACAUCCAGAAUAUUCACAGGAAGAACCUUUCACGCAAGUAUGCUGUUGAGUGGAUGAUGUACUGCUGUAAUAGAUGGGCAUCCUUCAACUACUCGUGCAUUUCGGUCCUGCUCUCCCUUGCGCUCAGCAUCGGGGUGAUCAUUAUUGCAGCGUAUGGUGAUGUUGCACGCUAUGUUGGCGUAGUACUCCUUAAUGGCUUUGAAGUCAUUGAGCUUCUUAACUCUGUGCUAAUAUACAGCAUACUCUUCGAACGGAGCUUUGCAAGCUUCGAGAGAGUGCAUGAGUAUAGUAAGCUGUCUCCAGAAGAAGCAGAUGCGCCCGCUCAGGAUGUAGAAGGUAGUAGAGCGAGGCCUAGUGAGGGCGAGUAUGUACAGAUCAGCCGCAUGUCCUUUAGGCAUCGUAAAGAGCUCCCCUGCACACUGAUAAACGUGAACCUUGCGUUUCGGAAAGGCGAGAGAAUUGGAAUUGUUGGGCGCACAGGUGCCGGAAAGUCAUCCCUAGUGGCUGCUCUCUUCCGGCUGGCAGAGCCGGAGCGAGCCGAGACAGACUCUCCGCCAUCACGGCAGUACGACAAACCCCUCAUCUCUAUCGACGGAUAUCCGAUAGAUAGGCUUCCCCUCAAGGACGCAAGAAGCUUCUUGACAAUAAUCCCACAGGAUCCCUUCGUCUUCGAGGGCACUCUCAGGUCAUCGCUUUGCCCGUACUCUCAUAUGCUGGCAGAGAAAAUUCCUGUUGGUGAGAUUCCAAAGACUGUGCGACGGCACACUGACAUGGAGUUAUGGUCGGCUUUGGAAAAGGUCUGUUUGCGUGACUUCUUUGAAAGCCAAUUAGAAGGCCUAGAGGCCCCUAUCACUUCCUGCGGGGACAACCUCUCUGCAGGUCAGCGCCAGCUUGUCUGCGUGGCCCGUGCGCUGCUACGAAACGCACCAGUGGUUAUUCUGGAUGAGGCCACCGCCCAGGUCGACCGGGAAAACGACGCCAUAAUCCAGUCCACGAUCCGUACAGCGCUGGCAGACCGCGUCGUUAUCGCCAUUGCACACAGGAUCAAUACCAUCAUCGACUUCGACAGAAUCAUAGUUAUGGACGCGGGCGAGGUAAAGGAGUUCGACACCCCCAGGGCGCUCCUGAGCAACCCAGAGUCGCUCUUCAGCAAGCUGGUCGCAGAGUGCGAGGACGCAGAGGAGCUCGCCGGGAUUGCCCGUGCUCGGAGUGAAUAA